AUGGCUGAUCCCACUCCAUACCCUCUUUCAGACAUCGCCAACGCCACAGACUCCACCCUGGACCUUAGCUUUAAAAGCUCCAACUCGCAUCAGUACAGCUCCCUAGCUGGCUACCCACAGCCCUCCAUGUCCGGGCUCGGCUCCGGACCCGGCUCCGGGCUAGCUUCCAUGACAUAUCCUCAGAAAUACCCUGGUUUGGACGAAACCACGUCUUUGCUGAACCGUCUUGCCACCACAUCGCUCCUGAGCCCUCGUUUCAACGCCACAGAGGCUCCUCCUCAAGCUAGAGUUGCUCUGGAUGCCCCAUACCCCGUGGACGAACCUUCACUGCUGCAAAACCGCUAUUCAGCCAUUUCUCCUCCCCUGGUUCCGGCCUCCGCUGACUCCUCCGUGACUAAUCUCAACUUGAACAAUAACCACUCACAGGAUUUGUACCUUAGGCCGGAACACAACUUCAGUGUGGCCAGCAGCAUGCCUGGCCAGUUGGCUCGUUUCAGCCAUGCUCGGUCCUUGUCGCUGUCGCUGUCCUUCUUCCAGGACCAGGACUCCCAUAAUUUGGUAAACGACUGCCUUGGAGAAAACCUGGCUAGUUUGAUGCCGCGUAUCAAGACCAUGGAGAUGUACCGUAAGAACGCUAAGAAGUCGACCGACCCGGCGGUCUUGUUCCAGUACGCUCAGUACAUGUUGCAGACGGCAUUAAUGGUGGAUGCCAACUCGCCAGAUAGCUCUGGAGGAAGCACACCAAAGAAGAAGACCGGGUCCUCUUUAUCCAUAGACGCAGACGUGAAGAAGGGCCACCGCAAACUGAAGCUGUCCAACUCGUUCGACUUGACUGACGCUUCUUCGCUUGAAUUGAAGAAGUCUUUGCUCAAGGAGGCCCAUCACUACUUGAAGAGACUCGCCGACAAGGGUUACGUUGAUGCUCAGUACCUCCUCGGAGAUGCCUACAGCUCCGGUGCAUUCGGUAAGGUCGAUAACAAAGAGGCCUUCAGCCUUUUCCUUGCCGCUGCCAAGCACGGCCACACAGAAUCAGCUUUCAGAACCGCUCAUUGCUACGAAGACGGCUUGGGCACGGGCCACGAUUCCAGAAAAGGCAUGGACUUUUUGAAAAUGGCUGCCUCGAAGAACCACCCUGCUGCCAUGUAUAAACUCGGUGUCUACUGUUUCUACGGACGCAUGGGUGUCUCUCAAGACGUUGCCACCAAGAAAAUCGGUAUCAAAUGGUUGGAAAGAGCCUCAAACGUUGCUACAGAAUUGACGGCUGCGGCGCCUUACGAACUCGGCAAAAUUUACUACGAGGGGUUCAUCGAUAUCGUCAUUGCCGACAAGAUGUACGCGCUCAAGCUCUUCUCGGAUGCCGCUGCCCUAGGCCACGUUGAGGCGGCUGCCAUUUUGGGCCACCAUUACGAAAUCGGCGAAAUCGUCGACGCCGAUGCCCAAUUAUCCAUCAAUUACUACACUAACGCCGCGGUUGCCGGUCACCCACAGUCCAUGCUUUCCAUCUGUGCGUGGUACUUGGUGGGCCUGGAGCCAUACCUUCCAAAGGACGAAGACGAGGCAUUUGAGUGGGCCAAACGUGCCGCUACAGCAGGACUUGCUAAGGCGCAGUUUGCUCUAGCAAACUUUUACGAUAAAGGCAUUGGCUGCGAGAAGAACCUCAAGGAAGCCCAACUGUGGUACUUUAAGGCCGCCGAAAACGGCGAGAUCAAGGCGCUCGCGAGAAUCACAAACAAAGACGAGGCUGCUCGGGCGGCUAAGUUGGCUAAGAAGAAUAAGAAGAGAAGCCCCCUGAACGCUGCCCCUCAGGAAAAAGACUGUGUCAUUGUGUAA